CCCGCAACAAACAAGUGCGCGAGUCCGCGGGAGUACGACACAGCGUAGCACUGCACUUUUAGCAGCCAAAAUGCCGAAACGCGCUUGUCCUUUUCCGGAAACCUUCUCCUCCCAAUACAAAAUACACAUUGGGCAACAGGAGUUGAGCAACUACGGCGUGUUUGGGAGCAAAUACAGGCAAGAAAUCCACGAAAAGACAAAGAAUUUGCUUUUCAACGGUGCCAAGGCCGUGAUGGGCAAAAUAUGGACUGGAGAGGAGAAGUGCACGGACCCCCGACCCACUGGACCGGCCCAGACAUCUGCAGGCAGCCAAGCUCUGCUGAGAGGACAGACACAGAUUGGACAUGAUGGGAGACUGACAAGAGCCAGUGCUGCACAAGGUCUUCUAGGUGCAGCAGUGGCGCCCACAGGCUGCUGCGUGUGUCACAGGAGUCAGGGCUCCAGGACAUCGUGCUCCCAGUGCGACCGUCAGGCCUGUUCCUCCUGCACCCGGCAGUGCUCCAGCUGCUCCAGCCUCUGCUGCUCUGUCUGCACCAUCAUAGACUACAGCGGGCGAUACGAUGAAGUUCUGUGCUGCGGUUGCUCGACGUAAAGGACGGAUCAGGAGUUUAUGUCUGAACUAAAGUUGCCUCACAUGAGAUAUUACCACGACUGCAUUUUAAACCUGCCAUGUUGUUGUUUUUAAUGUGAUCCAGAUGUUUUCUUGUACAUAUGUAUUUUCAAAAACUAACUGAAAUAAACUUGAACCCUUUUGUAUACA